CUUCCCCCAUCGUCUGUUCAUUGCUCGCCCGCUACGUAAAUCAGCCCACAACCCGCAUACCACUGACCUUCGUUCAUCUACUCGAGCAUCAUGAUGUUGGCUCGCUCAAUUAAGGCGACUCGCAUAGCACCGCUCAGGUUGUUGAGGACCGUUACCACGGACGCUGCGUCUUCGCAUGCGGAUAUGAGCUCUGUUCCUGUGGAUGACGACAAGAAAUUCACUGUCAACCUUUCCAGUGAGAGUUUCGAGAGUUACAUGAUUGAUGGCCCAAGUACUGAGUUGAGUGUGUCGAAGAAUGAACUUAAGAAGAUGUACUCUGAUAUGGUUACUAUUCGACGAAUGGAGAUGGCAGCCGAUAAACUUUACAAAGAGAAGAAGAUCCGUGGUUUCUGUCAUUUGUCCACCGGACAGGAAGCUGUUGCCGCCGGUGUUGAGCAUGCUAUCACUCCCGAUGAUCAGGUUAUCACUGCUUACAGAUGCCAUGGUUUCGCUCUCAUGCGCGGCGCUUCUGUUAAAAGCAUCAUUGCUGAGCUUCUUGGCCGAAGAGAGGGUAUCGCUUAUGGAAAGGGUGGUUCUAUGCAUAUGUUCACCAAGGGGUUCUAUGGUGGAAACGGCAUCGUCGGUGCGCAGGUCCCUGUUGGUGCUGGAAUCGGGUUUGCGAUGAAGUACUUGGGAAGGCCGAACACUACCUUCGCUUUGUAUGGUGAUGGUGCCUCAAACCAGGGUCAGGUCUUUGAGGCGUACAACAUGGCUAAGCUUUGGGAUAUUCCGGUUGUUUUCGCAUGCGAAAAUAAUAAGUACGGAAUGGGCACCUCUGCGAAUAGAUCUUCGGCUCUGACCGACUACUACAAGCGUGGACAGUACAUCCCUGGACUGAAGGUUAAUGGAAUGGACGUCCUUGCCGUUAAACAGGCGAGUGCAUAUGCCAAAGAACAUACCAUUUCCGGAAAGGGCCCGAUGGUUAUGGAAUUCGUCACCUACCGCUACGGUGGUCAUUCCAUGUCCGAUCCCGGUACCACUUACCGCACACGUGAGGAAGUUCAGCGCAUGCGUUCUACUCAAGAUCCAAUCCAGGGCCUUAAGCAGAAGAUCUUGGAGUGGGGGAUCUCUGAGGAUGAGUUGAAAGCACUUGAAAAAGAGGCUAAGGCAUCAGUCGACGAAGAGGUCAAGAAAGCCGAGGAGGCACCCGUGCCAGACCCUACCUCGAAGACCCUCUUUGAGGACAUCUACGUUCCGGGAUCGGAACCGGAGUUCUUGAAGGGAAGGACGCUUGAGGAGACUCAUUACUACAGGGCGUAGAUUUACCUAUUUGAUUUUGAUGAGACGGAUGGCAUUUAGCUUGGGUUAGCAUUGUAAUUUACUUAGAACCAGAUGCCCUUUUUCUUUCCUUUUCUUUCUUCUCUUUCUUGGGCUUCUUCGUUUGCUGCGUUGAGGCUUUCGUGAUCUGUAGGGCUCUUUUGGCAGGCUGAAGUUGCUGCGUCUUUGCCUCCUCUGCUCCUUUAAGUUAGCUCUGGAAAGUGUUGUGUGGUGCUGGGCGGUGUGAUAGGAUAUCCAUCUUAUGUGACAGGUUAGAAUCUAAGCUGGGAGGGAGAGAAGUUCCGAAGCCUAGCGUUAUCACGAG